AUGAAAAUAAAUUAUUGUACAGAUGUUGAAAAAACCGUUCUUAUAGCUAAUUUUGAAAAAAGAGGAUGGGUACAAGUUGGUCCAGAUGAUGAUUGGAAUUUUUAUUGGUCUGGAAUACAUACGUGUCGAACUUUAUUCAGUGUUGACAGUGGAUAUCGCAUGAACGAUUCACAGAUGAUCAGUCACUUUCCAACCCAUUACGAACUAUCUAGAAAAGAUUUAUUAGUUAAAAAUAUAAAAAGAUAUAGAAAAGAAUUAGAAAGGGAAGGAAAUCCUUUGGCAGAAAAAGGUGAAGCUGCUGGAAAAUAUUUACAUUUAGAUUUUGUUCCCGUGACAUUUGUUCUUCCUGCAGAUUAUAAUAUGUUUGUUGAAGAAUACAGAAAGAAUCCUCAGAGUACCUGGAUAAUGAAACCGUGUGGAAAAUCUCAAGGUGCUGGAAUUUUUUUAAUAAAUAAACUUUCAAAAUUAAAAAGAUGGUCUAGAGAAAGUAAAACUCCAUUCAAUCCCACAUUAGUAAAAGAAUCUUAUGUUAUAUCAAAGUACAUAGACAAUCCUUUACUGAUAGGAGGGAAAAAAUUUGAUCUUCGACUUUAUGUUUUAGUAUCAUCAUUCAAACCGUUAAAAGCUUAUUUAUUUAAAUUAGGAUUUUGCAGAUUUUGUACUCUUAAAUACGAUACGAGUAUUCAAGAAUUGGAUAAUAUGUUUGUUCACUUAACAAAUGUAUCAAUUCAAAAACAUGGCGGAGAAUAUAAUAGCAUGCACGGUGGAAAAUUAAGCAUACAAAAUUUAAGAUUGUAUUUAGAGAGUACUCGAGGUAAAGUUGUGACCGAACGUCUUUUUACUUCUAUAUCAUGGUUGAUUGUACAUUCAUUGAAAGCCGUUGCACCCGUAAUGGCGAACGACCGCCAUUGUUUCGAAUGUUACGGGUACGACAUUAUAAUCGAUAAUAAACUAAAACCUUGGCUGAUAGAAGUAAAUGCAUCGCCAUCUUUAACAUCGACGACGGUUAACGAUAGAAUUUUGAAGCAUAAAUUAAUUGAUAACAUAAUAUCCGUCGUUUUACCUCCCGAUGGAGUUCCAGAGUGA